CAUGGGCCCCUGAUGGGCCGUCUGGCGAUCGCCGACCCUUAGACUUGAUGGGCCGGAAAGGCUUCCUCGGCCCUUGCGGGGGCGAACUUGCCAUGGCGAAGUCGUCUACCUUCGGCAGAUAGUCUUCGCCUUGCACCCUUCGCCCGAGACGCCCCUGGCCUGGCAAGGCCCUCGUGCGACUCUUCGCCUCACGCCGUUCUUGCUCCAUAGCCUUCGCCACGGGUUUCGGCAGAUCUGGUCGAAGGGCCUCAUGCCAUCCGCCAACAAGCCCCUCACGGGCAAGGGUGAGAUUGGAGCUUCGGCCGAGACCGUGCAAACCAUGUGGUAUGGUAUGUGGCGCCCCCUUUCGACCGAUGCUCCUGCCAAAACCUACAUUAUUCCUGCGAAUGAAGUUUGUUACUUGUGCGGCUAUAAGGUUUUGCCGCGCUUCGCCUCCUGCGAGUGGUGGUUAUAUAUUUUCUUUUCCCGGGCCGAACAGAACAGUGUUGGGCCUUCCCUUCGUGGGCUUUUUACUGUGCCGCUCAGACGGUGUAAAUUUACCGUUUCGCCUACCCUUGCGACACGUGGCGCUUUAUUACUGGUGGGUAGGCGAACGGUCGCCCGGGUAAGCUAUAUAUUCCACCCCUCUUUCCUUUUCACCGGUACACUCGCCAUUUUUACCGCGUGCGCCCUCUUCCUCCGUUUCUUUAUUCCACAGCGUCUCUCGACCCCUCAGGUGUUUCGCCCAUUCGCUCUCUUCGUCACCGCAUACACGCCACUCGCCAUGGCUCCUCGCAAGGCAAACCCUGCUUCGGCGAAAGGGCCGGAUCCCGGCCGAGUCGAUGACGACAGCACCGCCUUUUUGGGGGUUUCUCUUGUGGACAACGUCGAGCUGGCGAAGCUGGUCAGCUCUGGGGCGGUGGUCGAGGGGCAGGCUUUCGCCCCGGGGAAAGCCGUGGUGCCGAAGCCUCUCGACAAUCGGACGGUGGUGUUCGCCGUGUUUUUUGAGGCGGGGCUGCGGUUUCCGUGCAACGUGUUGUUGCCGGAGAUCCUUUGCCUCUUCCAGGUGGAGCUUCCGCAGCUGAGCCCGUCGGCGCUAGUUUGGAUCUCCAUCUUUGACUGGGCGUGUCGGACUUCCGGGUUUGAGCCCAGCGCCGAGCUCUUCGGCGCCAUAUUCUUCGCCACCGUGAACUCGAAGACGGUGAUUACCCCAGCUGGGACGAGGAAAACUGUGUUCGGGAGUGUGAAUUUCAACGUUCGCCCCGAGUGGUCCGGCCGAAGCGGCGUUUAUAACCGACGCCUCGGUUAAGUCUUGAACUUGGCACCGGGCUUGCGAGAAGCGACGCAUGUACUCCCUUAUCGACUCCUCCGGCCUUUGGCGAAUGCCGAGAAGGUGUUGCUGCGUCUUCGGCUCCUCAUAGGUGCCUCGAAAGUUAAGGACAAAAACAUCGCGCAAUUGCUCCCAUGAGUAAAUGCUAUUGGUUGGUAAAUUGAAAUACCAAGAACGGGCGAUGCCGUCUAGAGCGAGAUGUAUUAUCUUCGCCUUGGUAUUUUCGUCACCAUGAGCCGCUUCGAUCGCUGACUCGUAGAUGGAGAGGAACUCCUUCGGGUCGGUUUCGCCCGAAUAGCGUUGGACGGGUGGGAACUUGAACUGGGGUGGGAUUGGACGAGUCUUGAUUCCCCCACUCAGCGGUAGCCCCUUUUCGCCUCCCGCCCUGUUUACCGCACCUUGCUGCGGGUACGGUGUGGCGAAGGGCGAAAUCGCAACUUGUGCGUGAGAUUGGGCCAUGGCGUUCGGCUGCCCGGCUCCAACUGGUGGUACUUGCUGAGCCACCAUGGACGGGUCAAAAAUUGGCUGUGACCACGUCAUGGCAGCUUGAAUUGGUGCUUGGUUUGUUCCGAAGCCUGGAGUCGGUGCUUGCUGCCGAGCGGUUGGCGCCUGGGCAGCGUUGACAGUCGAACUGCGGUCCUUGAUUCCACGGCGAAACUCCCAGGCCCGGCUGAAUCGGUGACAACCAAUUAAGCGUACCUUGAGUUGUACUCCCCUCCGGGCGGGCCGAUGGGGUUGUGCUUGAAAUGCAGUGGGGUUGGUUGAGUUGCUGAAGGAAAGCUUGAAGUUGUGCCUGCAGAGCCAAAGCCCCUUCCACCACUGAUUGUGGCGCUUGGCCAGGUGGUUGAUGCUGCCCGGCGAAGUACACCGGCGCUUGUGUGGCUUGUGGCGGAAAGGGCUGGGUCGUCACUUGCGGAUGGACUUGAGGUGGGACAUAGCCUACCGAAUACUGAAGGAUUGGAGCCGAUGUGGCCUUGGUCCGCCUUGCCGCCUCGUAUGCUUGUUGUUGUUCUUGCAUUUGGCGAAGCAUGUCUUGGAGCCGUGUCAUUUUCCGCCGCAUGGCUUCCAUGUCGGCUUCGUCUUGUGCUUCAGGGUCAAGGUUUAUUUGGGCCUGUUCGACGGCGAGCGCAGUUGGGGCCGCUGCCGACUGCGAUGGAGCGGCUUGGGGCACCACCGGUUGGCUUGUCGAAAGGAUCUCCGCCCUGGUCUAGAGUGCCCUUGCCACCGCAGCCGCCUUCGCCACGUCGGUCGCGUUCGGCACUUGCACAGAGGUUGCAGGGGCCGAAGGCGGUUGUGAUGGCGCUUGUGCUCCUCCAUCUUCGGCCACGGGCGCCGAAAGCUCUGCUCCUUCCUCGGCAGCCAUGUCCGGUCCGGCGUCGCUCUCCCUCCGCCUGGCAGCCUUCUCCUUCACGACCCUCUUCGGUGGCAUUCGCUCUCAGUGGUUUCGCUCGGAGGUCCCCACGGUCGGCGCCAGCUGUUGUCGAAAUGACAACUGCAUACGUCGAAAGACGUGGUUACUCAACAGUGGUUGGAAAAACGAAGUGUAUUAAGUUUUUGAAUUCUCUUCCUUUCUCCCCCUAUUACAUGGCCCUAGGGGACUAUUUAUAGCCCCAUUACAGGUUCUUACUACUAGGGUUUAGGUUGUACAGGGGAAUUUACAUGAUUACCCUUACGAAAGGGACAUUUACAGAGGUACAUAAUGUUAUAGGGUCUCAUGGGCCCCUGAUGGGCCGUCUGGUGAUCGCCAGCCCUUAGACUUGAUGGGCCGGAAAGGCUUCCUCGGCCCUUGCGGGGGCGAACUUGCCAUGGCGAAGUCGUCUUCCUUCGGCAGAUAGUCUUCGCCUUGCACCCUUCGCCCGAGACGCCCCUGGCCUAGCAAGGCCCUCGUGCGACUCUUCGCCUCACGCCGUUCUUGCUCCAUAGCCUUCGCCACGGGUUUUGGCAGAUCUGAUCGAAUUGCCUCAUGCCAUCCGCCAACAUUAGGAAUUAGACAUCUCAUAUGCACAAUGAUUUUUUCGUUCUUCGAAUGCGGGUAUCUCAGGCAAGUCUAACACCUUUCACCAAAUCUUGUUAUAUUUUCGUAAUUGCAAUCUAUAUGUAGACCUUGCAUUAAAUUAUACUUUCUGUAAUUGAAAUAAUUAUAUUGAUGGAUUGGAUUGACUGGUGGAGCAGUCGGUCAUACUAUAGAUGUAUUCUGAACUUGCUAUGGUGGUGGGGGUUCAGUUGUAUAUAUUUAUCAUCAUAAGGUUAAACAACAACUGUUAUAUGGCAUUCAAGCGCCGUAGCGAUCGUGUCGACCAUAUGACCUGGAAUGGGACAUGCUGGCUUAGUAGUUCUUUCUUAAUGGCUUUAUCCUGCGGGCUUAAGGAUUUCCGCGAAUCCCGCGAGCAUGGCCUAGCGAUGAGGGUUGCCGUUGUUGCGGAAUCCGAUUAGAUGAUGUGGAUCGCCAUUGUUGUGGGAUCCAAUGAUUCGCCGUUGUUGCGGGAAUCACCCGCAGAGAUAAUUGACAAAUGGGAUUGAUGAAAAGCUCGUGACCUUAGCCUUGUCGGCAUACACCAUGAAGUGUGCUUCAAGCGCCGAUGGGUGUGGGCAUUAAAAGGUUUAAGGCAUCUGUGGGUACAGCGACACACCUCUGCAGAGUGUAUGAAUUGUGAUAUGUCACUCACUGUUUCGGGUAGAAACUACGAACGUGGCAGGAAAGGAACCUAUCGGAGGUUCUAAUACCUGUGGUGCCUUAUAUGUAGUAGAUUUCAUAAUUACUUAAUAUGAUCUUUCGCAACACUGUUUUAUUAACAUGCAUGUAUCUCCUUGUUGGAUUAUGGGACUUUGGACAUAUUUAUAUAUAUUAGGCAGAUAGAUUAUGGGCAUGUAUUUGUUGGAUUGCUAUAGUUGGACUUGUUGAUUACCAUUCGUACUCAUCUCUUUUAUAUAUAUACAUAUAUAUAUAUGUAUAUAUAUAUACAUAUAUGUAUACAUAUAUGUAUAUCGAUAUAUAUAUAUGUAUACAUAUAUGUAUACAUAUAUUUAAUUCGUUGUAGUGUUGAGCUAACAAUUAGGUGAAGAGAAGAUUUUACAAAAUUGAUCAAGUGUGGCAUAUCUCUACAUCAACUUAAUGUUGAAGGUGAUGAAGAUCUAGAAGAGCAAGGUGCAGUUAGUGUUAUUAUUUUGGUAAAAACUAAUUUCUUAUGGUUUUUAUUUAAUGGGUUUCGCUGCAAUUGUUUCUGCUAUGCUACUUUGAUGUGCCUAUUUCUUGGUAAGUUGGUUCUUACCAAGGAAUGAGCCGUAGACCGGUAUUCUACCUCAGAAGUGGAAUACGUGGGUCCCUAUAGUUUUCACACGAAAUACACCGUUUAGCAGUUUAAAAAGCGUGCCACGUGUAAGAUCAAUGUGUGUUUUGAUUUUUAUUCUGUGAUGAACAAUUGGCAUAUGUGUGUGGUCAGGCCGACCAGGCCCGCGGUCUGACCGGCCGACGCUGAGUUGGUUUCGGUUUCGGGUUGUUUCUUUGGAUAUCCGUGAUUGUUUCAUGGUUAUGGCUUCUA